ACCGUCAUUCAGAAAGUGAAAGUAAAGUUUAGAUUGCUGGAGCUCAAACAGUGAAAAUGGCUUCAUCAGCUGAAUAUGACUACAAUUGUCCCGUGUGCUGUGAAAUCUUCAAGACUCCUGUUAUUUUAUCAUGUAGUCACAGUGUCUGUAAAGAGUGUCUUCAACAGUUCUGGAAAACCAAGAAAACUCAGGAGUGUCCUGUCUGCAGGAGAAGAUCCUCAAAGGAAAGUCCUCCAUACAAUCUGGCAUUACAAAACUUGUGUGAGUCGUUCCUGAAGGAGAGAAAUGAGAGGCGUUCAUCAGGAUCUGAGGAGAUCUGCAGUUUACACAGUGAGAAACUCAAACUCUUCUGUCUGGAGGACAAACAGCCUGCAUGUGUAGUGUGCUUUACUUCAAAACAACACGACAAUCACAAAUUCAGACCAAUAAGUGAAGUGAUUUCAUCAUAUAAGGAGGAGCUGAAUACAGCACUGAUGUCCUUACAGGAGAAACUUAAAACGAGAGAAAAAAUUAAAGAAGAGUUUGAGAAAACAGUUCAACACAUCAAGUCUCAAGCUGAGCACACAGAGCGUCAGAUUAAACAGCAGUUUGAGAAGCUUCAUCAGUUUCUCAGAGAUGAAGAAGAAGCUACAAUCACUGCACUGAGAAAGGAAGAGGAGCAGAAGAAGCAGAUGAUGAAGGAGAAGCUGGAGGAGAUGAACAGACACAUCUCAGCUCUUUCACACACAAUCAAAGACACGGAGGAGAUGAUGAAAGCCAAUGACGUCUGCUUUCUAAAGGAGUUUCCAGUCACGAUGGAAAGAGUCCAGAUCUCACAGCCGGAUCCACAGACGCCUUCUGGAGCUUUGAUUCAUGUGCCACGUUACUUGGGCAACCUGCCGUUCAGAGUCUGGAAGAAGAUGCAGAAAAUUGUCCAAAACACUCCUGUGAUUCUGGAUCCAAACACUAUCAAUCCACAUCUUGUCCUGUCUGAUGAUCUGACCAGUGCGAGGUGGAGUGAGAACAAACAACUACUUCCUGAUAAUCCAGAGAGAUUUGACUGGUAUCCUUGUGUUCUGGGUUCAGAGGGUUUUAACUCAGGAACACACCGCUGGGAUGUAGAGGUUAAAGAAAGUUCAGACUGGAUUCUUGGAGUAACUACAGCAUCAAACCAGAGGAAAGGAGGUGUUUUCUUUAACACUGAUGUCUGGUUUAUGCAGUAUGGAUUAUCUAAACAUCUUGGUUUCCAAGUCAAACAAAAGCUUGAGCGUGUGAGAGUUGAUCUUGUCUAUGACAGAGGAACGGUGUCGUUCUCUGAUCCUGUAACUAACAUACAUCUACACACAUUCACAACCACCUUCACUGACACAGUCUUUCCUUUCUUCUGUUGCUUCCCAUUGAGGAUCUUACCAUUCAGUAGUCAGUAAAUGUUACACUUGUAGGUCUGGAUGGACCUUCUUUUAUCUCUACCAGUCAUCAUGUUUUUAAUAUUCAAUCCAUAUCACAAUUUCAAGUUUUGUUCCACAUGAGAUUAGAUAAAUAAUCAGUCACAGAGAUUAUCAGAAAUAAAUCUGAAUAAAUUAUAGAGAUUAAAUUAUCAUUUGUUCAUUAAUGUAAAUAGAUGUAAAAAUUCUUUCCAAUCCUCAUCAAUGUUUAAUGAAAUCUAAAUACUUACUAUACUUGAUUAAAACUGUUUAUAAAUCUGAUUCUUAUUCUUAAGUUUCUCUGGGACUCACUGGAAUUUCUUUAAAAGUUUGACUCAGUUUCAGAACAAAUUUUGAUAAUACCCAGAACUGUUUCUCUUUCAGUCAAUGUCGACACUGACCUUAGGGGUUUCACUUGGGAGCCCCAAUCACCUCUGAGCACUACAAGAAAAAAGCCAAUGACAAUUGCAGAGUGGAAUUUGCAUGCCAAGCCACUCCCCAUACAUACGGGUAUAUAAGAUGCCGGCGUGCAUCCACUCAUUUAGAUUUUUGCUUCGGAGCCGAUCGCUUCGCGAGUACUGUUGAUUCACGAUCAAGAGAUACUACAAGCAAGAAAGAAGAGCUGCAGGGGUGUCUCUGCUGUGAUCGUCAUCUUUAAACUGUGCAUUCAGAGGGAGAUUGCCUUUGUUUAGCACAGAUAAGUGCUGUGGUCCUCCCAUGGGCGUACCAGUUAAAAGAGCAAAUUCCUACAGCUGGCAUGGUUGACAGUAUCUUUCAGAUGUCUUUCCGACCAUGUGUCUGUAUGCAGUAGUUUCCUUGUCUCUGACAAUGGACAUGAUCCCUGUCUCACGUGUCUGGGCUAUAAGCAUGCUGAGACGGCGUUUGUGGAUGGUUCAUGCCUGAAUUGCAAGUGUAUGUCCAUGGUUACGCUGAGGUCGCGGCUCUCAGUCGUAAUGAGGUUUCCCUCUGGACCAGGAUAGCUCAAUCGUGCCGAUGUGCUCUCACGAACCACAGAGAUGCUUGUUUAGUGUGGUGCUUUCCUUUCUGCAGGAAAAGUUGGAGUGGGCCUUAUCCCCUCUUGGGAUCUCUCUGUGGUCCUGGCAGGAUUGCGGAGAGCCCCCUUUGAGCCACUGGACUCAGUAGAGCUGAAAUACCUGUCUCUCAAGACUUCGCUCCUGGUCAUGCUCACUACUAUCAAU